CUUAACUUUUCUACCGGAAUGAAAGAAGAAACAUCAAUCGGCACCGAAUCAGCCACGUUAAUAAAAAAACUUUGGGAUCAGAUAGACGACUUAAACCAAAGGAACAAAACUGAUAUUGCUUGUGUCAUAGUAAAGGUGCGAGCUGUUUAUUUCGAUUUUUAUGAUUACUUGGAAAGAGUAGAUGCAACAUUCACUCACAAAAGUAAAUAUAUAAACAAUCUGGAAAAAAAAACAGACGUCUAUAAAGCAAGUAGAAAAUUUGACAUCGAAAGCAUAAAAGAGAUGAAAAUAGAAGCAAGUUUGAUACCACAAAUUGUUAUUGCUCACAGAAAAAAUGGCUUCGAAAUUAUAAAGGAGUUUGGAGAAUGUAGAAAGCAGACUGAAGAGCAAUUGAAAAAAUUGGAAGACUCAAAAAUUCGUUAUGUCAAAUUUAAGGAGCACAAAAAAUCUGCGGGAGUCGGGUUAACUACCGGAGCUGUGUUAUUGGCGCUCGGUGAUGCAGCAUGUACUGGUGGUAUGCUAUUUGCAAGCGGACUUGCUGCCGGUGGUUAUGCCUCGUAUAAGAGAUCAUGUAAAAAUAAGAAAGUAAGCGACUUAUUUGAUCUUAUGAGAAACAUGCUUGAAAACCUGGACGAGCAGAUAUUGCAAUCCAACAGCGUUGGUGUUAAAUUGAACUCUGUCGGAAGUACAGACGCUUUUUUAGAAUGCCUUGGUAAAAUAAAUCGGUGCUAUUCAGAAAACCCUGGAAUCAAUAAUGAUGGUAAUCGAUUCGAUGUAUUGUUCGAUAGUAUGAAAAAGGCUAUUGAUGAAGUUAAGACCAAAAUAGAUGAAAUUAGAAAACAUGUGGAUAUGAAUAGGUCUUCUUUAAAAAUGAUAGUCGAGACCAAAAUUACAAAUAUAAGUUGAUUUUUCUUUUACCUUAUUAGUUCUUAUAAAAAGACAAAAUAAUAAAAUUGCAUCACAUAAAUAUGCAUUCAUGUAGCCU